UGACGGUGGUGGUGUGCUUGACAGGGCAAUCUUCCUCUCCGCCAUCACCACCACCCAUCAUUACAUCACGAUAGGGACGCACGCGUGUGCAUGCGAUGCAUCCGUGAAAAAAAGUCGAGACCACCCCUCCUGAUUGUCCACAUUCGGCGAGGCGCGUGCGACGGAACAAAUAAGAGUAAAGCGACGCUGAGGUGGAGGAUCCAAGAAAUAGAGGGCAAGUCCAGCGCUUGACCGAACGACCCGACGGCGCGAUCUUCUUGGCUUUUUCCUUCUCUCUGUCCGUCGGCGCCUUGUCCAACGUGCACCACCUACAACCGAGCCCUCUGACCGACACCAAGAGUCAUGAGCAUGGCAGCAGUAUAGCAAGCCAAGCGAGCGAGCAAUCGACCGCACAAGCCAAGAGGAGCGGAGGAGGGGGGUGGCCGCAAUGACCUCGUUGCUGUCGCCCUUUAACUUUGGGCAAAAGUACGCCUACUUCCAUGCCAAGAUCACGAUCCACGAGCUGGCCAGCGUCCCCCUCGUCUCGGGCCGAUUCCAGGCCAAAUGGCGCAUCAAGAACGUGUACGGCCUACAGAGCCUGCCCGUCGCCGCUCAGGCGCAUCAUUUGAUGCACAGCGCCGCGCACAGCAAUCAUCACACAGGCGAGCAGGCGGGUAAGCCAGAGGAUGGACCGAAGAGAAGACAGUCGCUGCGGAGGUCUCAGAACGGCAGUGUGAACAACCAGCCUGAUGAAGAUGGCGACAACGACGAGAACAGCAACGAGAAUGACGGAACGGCAGAUUUGCAGGCGGACGAUGAGGGCAAGGGGAGUGUAAACGAGACAGCGCCCCUAAAAAAAAGUUUUCCGGUAAAGAGCUCAGGCGAGGCCGAUGGCGAAGAUGAAGGCGCUCGACAAGGAGCCAAUGGCGAAGAUCAAGAGCAAGUGGAAGGCACCAAGGGGACGCACCACCGUGGAGCACGUUUCUUCUCGGGAGUCAAGGGCGCAUUUCGAAGCCGCAAAGCCAGCACGACGAGCAAAAGGAGCGAGGAUUCGAUACCCUCGCAACUUCGUAAGAGCACCGACACAAGGGCAGACGAGCAGUCUGACUCGCUGCAGACGCCCGACGACUCGUUUGGAAGGGCGAAAGCAAAGAGAAUCAGAACGCCAUCGACCAAUGGUCAUGCUCUUUCUCCCUCCUCCGCUGGCGCGACACUCGAGGAUGAAGACGAACCGAUAUCGUCGACUACCGUGGCACGUGGGCCAAGCAGCGCCAAGGGAAAAGAGAAGGAGCCGACGUCCGAGGGCAGCACCGAUCAAACAAGCUUGCACUUCCACGCUGAGCCGAAGGGCAGCACGACGAGCGAGAGGGUCAAAGAGCACGUCGUGCACUGGGAACGCGAGCUCGAAGUCGGUCUUCGGAUCGCAGUCGAUAAGCCCAGAGGUGCAGGAAGCAGUGGCACAGGUGCUUCGAUGUCCGCUGCUGCUCCUUCCAGCAACACCAAUGCCUCUUCCUCGGCCAGCGUCUACUCUGCCUCUUCUUCGGGUGAGGGCGCACGGCAUCAAACCAGCAACCGUGACCUUCGCGAAAGGCAUGAUGCUGAUCGGGAGAAGGAACAGCAGCUGGCCGAUGCAUGGGGCGUCCUGGCUCAGGCCGAGCUCAAGAUCAACGUCAACAGCAACAUUCACACCGACGCAUCGGGACCCAACCACGAAUCUCACUCGAGACUCGGUCAGGUGACUAUCAAUUUGGCAGAGUUUGCCCCUCACCCGCACAACCACCAUCACCACCAUCAUCACCAUCAACACCAUCAUCAUCAUCAUCACCCUCACCAUCAGCAAGGCAAGGGUAGCCAAAUUCACAGCCACCCGCCUUCCAAGAGGAGCGAGACGAGACGCUACCUGCUCAACGACAGCAAGACGAAUGCGACGCUUAAAUUGACCAUCGAAAUGACGCAUGUAGCCGGGGCAAGGGAGUACUUCGUGCCCUCGAUCAGGCAAGGUCUUCUCGUUGGCAACAUGGCCGCCCAUGCGCUUGAAGCCGGACCGAUGAACAAUUCGUCGAGCAAGGGCAGCAGCAGCGCCAGCUCCGAUAAUGGUAGCACUGUCCACGACGACGGUGGUGAUCGUCAAUCAGUGGGCUCGAGGACAAGGAAUAACGGGAGCGCCGCGUCCCUCGGCAACCCCAUGGCCAAUUGGCCCCCAGACAGUGUGGCACGGCACUCGAGAAUCCCUGCUCAGAAUCUCAAGACAGAGCUGUCUCACAAGGACGCCGCCCGAGCAGUGCAGGAGGGAGGAGGCGGUGGGAGGUUGGCCUUCUCCUUCUCCGGGGGAGCGCAUCACGACCGAGCUCCAGAAGAUGUCGUCGCUGGCAUCUUUGAUGGCUCCUCGUCAUCUUGGGAUACCAACGCCAGCCUCAUGUUGACCCCGACAGUCAGCCGCGCGGAAAAGGUAAAGCACGGCGCGUCAGCCGGUCGCAAGCAAGCCGCGGGCGACAAGAAGUCCACAAGGCCAGGGAUGUCCUCGAGGCCAAGCACGGCAACGAGCCUGCACAGCAACAGUAGCAACAGCAAUAGCAACAGCACCAGCAACAAAAACAGCAGCAAUCGUACCGCCGACAAAGCUGAUAUUCGCAGCCACGAAGCCCUCGGUGGGGAGAAGCCAGAGCACUACGACUCCGUUCGCCCCGCCCUGUCCGCAGAACACGGCUCUCAGGCAGCUGGGCAGAUCCCCACGAGAUUCUCGGCCAAAGUGACUUCUCCCUCUGCCGGUCCCGGUGUCGACAUUGACAGCGCGUGGCGACCUACGGAGGCUUCGAAGUCCGAAACCUCUAGCAUGAUGCGCGGUGAUUCAGCGUCUUCGUCCAAGAAGCAGAGCUCCCCAUCGCCCAGCCAGGCUCAGCCGCCGAGGAAUCACAGCAGGAGCUCUUCGGCCUCGACAAUGAAGAGUAUUCUGCGAUCUGGCAUCACGCCGGCGCAGUCGAGCGAAUCGUCGCCCGUGUCAAGGGGCAAUCUCCAAGAGCCUGCCGGCGCUACCUCGGGCGGAGCGGGGUCCGGCAGCGCCAAGAGCAGCACUGGCAGCAGCAGCGGGGAUCGCCCCGGCAUUCACCGGCGCACGUCUUUGCACUCUCGACCAACCUCGGUCCACUGGGACCCGAGCAUUCAGCACCCUAGCGCCGUCUCAACGGCAUCAGAUCCUGCAAGUGGUCAGCCCCCGUCGCCGGCAUCGCAACAGCAGCCAGCACCGGCAUGGCUGCAGGCCAACACGAGCAGAGAGCCCCUUGUAGUCCCGCCCGUUCCCCGAAUGAUCACCGCUUCCCCUUCGUCGCUAGGCGGUACUUCCUCUUCGAGAUCUCCCUCUGCAAAGGCAUCGAGCAGUAACGUCCAGUCAUCGCUGUCGACGUCUUCGACUCUCCCUUCUGUUCCCUCUGACUCCGAGCUCAGCCUGCCUGCUCUAGUCGACGACAACGAGUCGGAGGGCAAGAGAAGAGACAGCAGCUACGACGAGGUCGGAUUGGGAUUAUCUGAGGCGAUGCCUCCAAAGACACCUCCCGACGUUGCUCGCAAGCUUGCCCUGCUGAUGCCCAGGGCUUCAGCCCUUUCAAACCAGGAUCAGCACGCCUGUGUGACCGCGACGGGAGAGAAAGUGACCGAAGCGAGCAGCCACAGCAGCGGCAGACCAGACGAAGGUGGCCGCCACCGCGUCAUUAAAGGCACUGUGGGUUUGUCAAAGGACGAGGCCAAGCGUGAAGGAUACCGGGGCGUCGGAUGGGGGACACACUCGGCCCUCGGCAUCGAUGCAAGCUUCUGGAAUGCGUCCGGCUUCGCAUACACACCUGCUGGUGACGAUGCUGCUCUCACCGGCGCCACGACGGCCCCAGCUACUGCUGCGAGCGACUGAAGGUGCAUUCCAGCUGGCAAGAAGGCUCACCUUCCUCCUAUCUUUUCUCUUCUUUUCUUCUUUGCAAUUGCUACUCAACCUAGACUUCCUUCGUACUAAGCUAUGGAACUGCUCUGUAUCUCUCAAGGCUCCUUUACGUACAGUACCGUGAUAUCUCUCCCUUCACUUAGACCUACCCCUCUCUCUUUUCGCUUUACUAUUCUACAUCACUUGCACUGCGCCGUCCCAUGCCCUUCCGCCAUGUGUUGUCACAUAGUAGCAAAUAGCAUCUCAAGCAUCCGUUUCGCUCCUCUUUCUUGUCGCUAUAUUCCCUAAUACAUUUCGGUCACCAAC